AUUCAGAAAACCCAAUUACGUAAAAGGAAACUUAAUAAAUUUCAUGAUCGUGAUUUGGGAGUAUAAAUUCCAAUGCCCCUACAUUUUUUCAUCAAGUUCUUGGUUCAAUGGUUUACACAUGAGAACCAAUCGUUUAUACAUUCCCUUGUACGUUCAUUAGUUUUAUGGAAAACUGAUUUUUCAGUGAGAAAAAUUUCAUCUUUUCACUGCUUUCUCAAUGCCGAGGCUCCAAACAAAGCCCAAACGAAAGAGAGCCAAAGGGGUCUCACUCAGCCCAGAGGAGAGACCUCUUGCUAAUCUUCCAGAUGACGUGUUGGAGAAUGUUUUCUCUUUCUUACCCCUCGUAGAGGCAAUAAAAGCUUCCACUGUGUCGAAGAGGUUCAAAAAAUCAUGGCGUCUCAAUCGCAACUUCGUUUUUGGUAGAGAAUUUUCUCUGCGCUAUAACCGAGACGACCUCACUGCACUGGUGGAUCGCCACUUUGAUUCUCAUGAGGGUGAUCAGAUCCAAGUUUUUCAGCUCCAAAUUGAUCCGAUUGGGGUUGAAGAGUUGAUCCAAAAGUGGCUCCGAAUUUGCAUCCACAAGGGAGUACAAGAGUUGGAAUUUUACUUUUUCCAACCCGGUUUUACCCUCAGAGCUGAUUCUAUCGACAACCUUAAAUCAUUGAGAACCUUAAAGCUUGUCUACUGCGAUUUUCAAGUGCCACCUGUCCUCACAAGCAUGCAAUUCCUGAACACACUUGUUCUGUGGCAGCUUCAGCUCCCAGAAGAUAAGCUUGAGACGUUGUUGUGCGGUUGUAAGUUGCUUGAGACUCUUGAUUUGUUUCAGUGCUCUGUAAUUCGCCUUGCGUAUAUCCAGGUUAGGAACCACAGACGUUUCAAGGUGUUGAAAAUUUCUUGUUGCGCUGAUUUGGAAGAGAUUGUGAUCGAUUCCCCAACCCUAAGUUCUAUGUUCUAUUGUGGGUACGUAGUAAGUAUCCGAUUCUUUAACAAAGUUGAAUUGGAAGAGGCGAUCUUCAACUUUGAACCUGCUAGUUACAGAAGCUAUUUGCCAUCUUCUCUGGUGGAUCGUCUUGUCCUUGAUAUCAGUCAUGUCAAGGUUCUAUCCGCUUCAGCUCUAGUUCCUGAGGCUAUGGCUGCUAGGGUUCGUAAUGGGUAUUUUCGAGACGCAAAUUUCUGUUUGGAGAAUCUCACGGAAUUUCAGUUGUUCAUGGAAGGGGGACUUUUUUGCAAUCCAUACGAUGUUCUCAUGUUUCUCCAGCACUGCCCUAAACUGGAGAAGCUGAUAAUCGAUCUGAAUGACUACAAUUUUGAUUGUGGAACGUACUGGGAAUUGCAUCAGAAGCCUAACAUUGACAAAUUUAGUGACUUUAAUCGGCUAAAAGAUGUUAAGCUGAAGGGCUUCAAGUUUCUGCCGUCUGAACUUGAAUUUGUGAAAAUCCUUCUUCAGAGAGCAAUCUCUUUGGAGACGCUGAUUUUCGUCACACCAAAGAAUGGCCGUACUAAGUUGAACUCAGAAGAUAAACUCAAAUAUAAACAUAUUAUUCUCAGUUGGAAAGCCUCGCCAGCAGCAAAAGUAGUUUUAUAUGAGCAUUCUCAAGACAAAGGGGAAGUUACUCCAUCCCAUCCAAAAUGUUGGUUCUGAUGAGAUCAAUCACCGUUUAGGUGGUAAUUAAGGAUGUGUUUGUUUGAAUAAAUAAAAAUAUAAAAUGUAAGAUAAUUAGUAAUGUGUGGUUAGAAGGAUAACUUUGGGUGUAAGUAAAUAUUCUCUUAAAACUAGGUUAAAGAUUGAAGGAUUACCCUAUAUUUCAAAUAAACAAAGAAACUAAUCCUUAAAUUUUGCGAUCCAAUAAUUUUAAGUUAAUGCUAGACCUACCCUGAAGUUAUUCAUUUAGAUUUCGAAGUUGCUUUUGGAGAGGA